AUGUCUUCUGUCAUCAAUCCGGCCAUCAACAGCAGCAACAUCCGGGUCAUUGACCUCCAAGAUCCACCCCCACCGCCACCCAGUCCACCGCCCGUCCAACGACGUCUGCCACCCAACUGGAAGUCUACUAAGGAUUCAACUGGCAAGAUCUACUACUACCAUGCCAUUACCAGACAAACACAAUGGGAUCCGCCAACAUGGGAAUCGACAUCGCUCUCCUUCUCAGACCUAUCGACAUCAUCGGUGGCUGGAGAUGAUAGCAUGGAUCAGGGAACUCCUGGCCUCAUGGAUGAUAUCGACACGCAGCAGCACACGACCACAACGGCGCCUGCUGAUACUUCUUCCUCGGAAGAGGUCGCCAAAAAAAUAAAAGAUCAAUUCAGAACGAAGAUUGCCAGACACAUAGUCAACUACCUGAACUUCUACAAGCGAGCUGAUUGUGAACAGGGGAGGAUAACAAACACAGAGGAUUUCAAAUAUCUUGCCAGAAAGCUGACUCAUGCUGUCCUGAACAAAGAGCUCAAGCAGUGCAGACACAUGGAGGACUUGGAGGUCAAUGACAAUGUGAAGUUCAAGGCGAAAGAAUACGUGAACAAGUACAUGAGGAGAUUUGGACCUGUCUACCACCAAUCCAUUGGAACACCCUGA